AUGAUACAAAAGGACACUAGGGAAAAUACCAAACAGGAUGGGGGUGGGUCACCCAGACAACCUCUUGAUAUUCUAAAAGAUUUCAAGCAAAGAAGCUGGAUACAAAAUUGGACCUAUACAUGGGUUUUAAGAACAAUCAAUUUUGCUCAAAACAAUGAGUUGAAAAUAGAGGAUAUAGGGGAGCUUAGCAUAGAGAACACAACUAAAUAUCAUGCUAGCAACUAUGACACUUCCAAGAUAGGGUUGACAACUUCACAAGAUUCUGAUAGGAGUCAUCCAGAUGGUACAUUAAUCAAAGUUUUAUUGAAGGCUUAUAGAUGGCCUCUUGUGUUCAUAUUCGUGAUGAAAAUGUGAGCUCUGGUUCUUGAAAACAUUAAUUUGCACUUCCUAGGAUAUAUUCUCUCUUAUAUUGAAGGAGAAAAUGAUGAGCAAAAUCGAGCGAUCUUUUGUGUAUGUAUCAUGGCUCUAUUUGAAUUCCUUUCAAGAGGUGUAAGAGCUAACUCUGACAAGAUGCAAAUGAACUACUCUAAUAGAAUGAAAGCUUCAGCAUCUAGUUUAGUUUACUCCAAAAUGUUCAAAAUUUCAAGUGCUACCAACAAGCAUUAUCAAAAAGGAAAGGUUCAGAAUAUUAUCAACCAAGAUUGUGGAAAUAUCAUUGAAUUUAUAUGGGCUCUACCUUAUAUUCUUUCUGUGCCCUUCGCAACCUUGAUAAACUUCUACUCUCUCUACAUUUAUAUUGGGAAAGUUAUCUGGGCCCCUUUGAUCAUUCUUGCUGCAAGUAUGGUUCUUUGCUAUUACAUGCUAGCUAUUCAUACUUAUUAUAAAAAGAAGAGGAAGGGAAAGGAUGAUCGAAGAUCGACCAUCCUGAACGAGAUCAUUGAUAGCAUAACAGUUAUCAAGACCAACUGUUUGAUUCAGUGCUUUCAAGAAAAGCUUGGCACAUUAAGGAAGAAACAGCACUGGAACGAGAUAACAUCUAAGCUAAUGAAAAUGCCUGAGCACUUUGCUCAGGCAUUCACUCCUUAUUUGAUGAUCAUGAGUGUGCUGUAUAUUUGUGUGUUCAAAUCUUCUUUAACAUUGACUGUUCCUGUUGCUAUGGCAAUUUGGAGAUUAAUAAGAAAGAUCAAACAGAAUACAGCAUGGAUUCCUCAUUAUGGAUCUCUCUACACUGAUUGUAAGCUCUCUCUAAAAAGAGUUGAAGGAUUUCUCCUCAAUCCAGAGAUUGAAAGUCACCUUAUUGAAAGAUUAGAUUCAACUCAAACUAAUUUAGCCAUUAAGAUCAAGAAAUCUAAUUUCUUUUGGGGAUUUGAGCAUAACGAUUCUGAUGAAGAAAAUGACGAUAGAAUUUAUACUUUAAAAGACCAGAUUACUUUGAAAGAUAUUGAACUCAACAUCAAACAAAACGAAUUCGUUGCCAUUAUAGGAGAUGUUGGCUCAGGCAAGUCCUCUCUUAUCAGCACUCUUCUCCAAGAAACCUUGUAUAUUGAUUACAGCACACUUGAAAAGUAUAAAGAUGUUCAAAUUAAUUCGAAAAAACAAAAGAAACCCAAAUUUUUCCAGAACCUUAAGAAUGAUGGAACUUCCGACACUAUAGACCAAAUCAUGAAUGAGAGGCAUAAGAACUCUAAAGUUUCUGAACCAGUAAUAUCAGUAUGAGGUUCAAUCAGCUUUGUUGAGCAGAGACCUUUUAUCCUCAGCAAAACUAUCCGUGAGAACAUCCUGUUUGGGGAAGAACUCGACGAGAAAAGAUAUAACAAAAUAGUAAAAGCUUGUCAACUCGGAAGAGAUCUAGAAAUUCUGGAGGCUGGUGAUCUGACUCAAAUAGGCGAAAAGGGAGUCAACCUCUCUGGAGGUCAGAAAGCCAGGCUUGGCAUUGCCAGAGCUGUCUAUGCCAAUAGAGAUAUCAUCUUGAUGGAUGAUCCUUUGUCAGCCUUGGAUGCCCAUGUCAAGAAAGCCAUCUUUGAUGAAGUAUGUUGUGGAGAACUCAAAAAUACCACUAGAGUACUUGUCACACACGCAGUAGAUUUCUUAGAUCGAGUAGAUAGAAUCAUUGUUAUCAACAAAGGAAGAGUUAUUUUGAAUGGCUCAUACAAACAACUUGAGAAUGAAGAGUAUUUCAAGAAAGUAAUGAGUACAAUCUACAAACAAGAAAUCAAAAGUACCAAAGAAGAGUCCAAGGAUUUUGAUAAAGAAGAUGAGCAGCAGAAUUAUUUAAGCAAGAAGGAAAAGAAACUCCUUGACGAGGAUAUUAACCAGAAUACUGAAAUUACAACAGAAACAUUCUUAAACUACUUCAUGUAUCUAAAACAAGGCUUGAUUUUCAUAAUAGCUGGAAUCCUGAUUAGGUCAUUCAUCAGAAUGGUAAAUAUUAAAGCAGACUAUGAAAUGCUAACAUGGGUAAAAGAGUUCUCUAAAUCCGAACAAGCCAGUAUGACUGGGCUAUAUUAUGUUCUUCUCUAUGUGCUUCUUAUAAUAUCUUCAGAUUUGAUUAUAUGGAUCAUUGAUAUUGUCCAAAAUUUUCUGAUAGAUAAGAAGAUGUUUGAUGCUAUGAUAAACAGACUUCUGCAUGCCCCAAUUAAUCUUUUCUUUGAUAAAGCAUCAUCAGGAAUCAUAAAUCAAAGAUUCUCUGGUAAUCUUCGUGAAGCUACAAAGCAACUUCCAAACAUGCUCAAGAGAAAUAUCAAAGAUUUUAUUGAGAUGUGAAUCACAUUAUUUUUUGUGAUCUACAGUGCUCCAAUCUGUGGCUUGAUCGUUCCUUGAGCUGGUAUAUUUUAUUCAUUUCUCUUGAAAGGUUAUACGCCUGCAAAUACUCAAGUAAAUAAGAUCAAAUCUUCAGUGAAUAGUCCAGCACACACUCAUUUUUCAGAAUCAAUUGAAGGUAUUACGACUAUCAGGGCUUUCAAUAAAAUUCAUGAAUUUGAAGACAAAAGAUUUAUGAUGUGUGAUCAAAUAUAUGGAAUUCUAUUGGUGAAGAGAGGACUCAACGGCUGGCUUUCAACUAGAAUCAACCUUAUAUCUAUCACCUUUGUGUUCUUUCUUUACAUGUAUUGUAUCUUAUACAGAGAUAACCAAGAUCCUAUAAUUAUAGGCCUCCUGAUGGGAUAUAUCAUGGAGCUUCAAUGGAUACUAAAUCGGUUUGUGAGACAAGCUAUAUCCAUCCAUAGUCUGAUGACAUCUUUUGAUAGAUGUAAGAAGCUUACUGAAAUUCCUCAAGAAGCUGCUCAGAGUUUGCCUGUCCCUCAGGAUACUGAAGGAAACCCCUGGAUUACUCAUGGAAAUAUCAAAUUUACAAACUUCUCUCUCAGAUAUCGUCCGGACACUGAAAUUGUGCUCAAGAAUAUUUCUAUCGAUAUUCAAGCAGGCCACAAGGUUGGAGUAGUAGGAAGGACAGGUGCCGGAAAGUCCACACUCUGCCUAGCAUUAUGCAGAAUUGUUGAAGCCCUAGAAGGAUCUAUUUACAUUGAUGGAGUCGAUAUCUCUACAGUGGGAUUGGCUGAUUUGCGUGAUAGAAUCACUAUCAUUCCUCAAGAGCCUGUGUUAUUCAGAAAUAUAUUAAGGUUCAACCUAGACCCUGAGCAAAAGUGUUCUGAUGAAGAACUUAUAAGUUUGCUCCAUAAAGCCAAGCUAGGUAGCCUUCUAACUAGAGAUGGAAGUGGGCUCAAUUUCACAAUUGCAGACAAGGGUUCCAAUCUCAGCGCUGGUGAGAAGGCCUUAAUCUGUAUUUGUAGAGCAGUUUUAAGACAUAACAAGAUUGUCAUUAUGGACGAAGCCACAGCCAGCAUAGAUGUCAAUACUGAGGAGAUAAUUCAAAAGCUAAUGAAAGAAGAGUUUGCAGACUCAACAGUGAUCACUGUAGCUCAUAGACUGAACACAGUUAUGAACAGUGACAAAAUAAUAGUGAUGGAUUUUGGAGAGAUUAUCGAAUAUGACACUCCUCAAAAUCUGCUGAAAAAUGAAUCUUCCUUAUUCUCAUCCAUGAUGAAUAAAUUCAACAGUUAA